AUGCGUUUCGCUGUUGUUGCCUCUGCUCUCUUCGCCGGCCUUGCCGUUGCCGCUCCUGCCGUCACUGAGACCGUCCACUCUACUGAGGUUGAGACCAUCACCUCCUGCGGUCCUGAGGUCACAAACUGCCCUGCCAGAACUCAAUCUAGCAGCGUUGUUGUCCCUACUUCGGCUCCCGUUGUUCCUACUUCGGCCCCUGUUGCUGCCGCUGUCCAGAACACCUCUGCUCCCGCAGUUCCUGAGCUCUCCACUGUCACCCUUUACUCCACCAAGGCUGUCACCAUCUCCUCGUGCGCUCCUGAGGUCACAAACUGUCCUUUGAGAAUGUCAUCUUCUCUGGUUUCCGUCGGAACCACCGUUGUUCCCGCCGCCCAGGUCCCUACCUCUGCACCUUUCGCCAUGUCUAACUCCACCAUGCCCGUUGGUGCCAUGGGAACUGCUGCUUCCACUGGCUUCGGCGCUUCUGCCACUGGUGCCAUGCCCUCAUCCUACACUGGUGCUGCUGGCAAGCUCAACGCCGGUAUGGCCCUUGCCGGUGUUGCUGGUUUCGCCGCUCUCCUCAUCUAA